AUGUUUAUCCAAUUCUCGAUGCCCUUUUGGCUGAGGAUAUACGGUUAUACUGUGGGAUCAGCUUCGUUCCCUAUCAAUUUUGGGACCAUAAUGCUUAUCGUUUAUAAGAGUGAUAAAAUCGAUAGUUUUAAAUAUUUCAUGCUUUGGUUUCAGGUCACCAAUACUAUUACCGAUCUAUUUAUCUCGAUUUUUGUGCAGCCAUGGCCUCUUCUGCCGAUUUGGGUGGUGAAUUGUGCUGGGUUUGCUGCGACAUAUUUGAAUAUUUGGUCUAAUUAUCUAUUUGCCCUUCUCCCAGCACUAGUCGCCGUGCAAUUUGUCAGCUUGGGCCUGGCAUUUUUGAAGAAGCACCAGUCCAUCGCAAGUAUAGCCCGGAAGCAUAUGAUUAACGAGCUGGGCCAUGAUAUAUUUCGGGCUUGUGUGACGAUUUGGCCUAUAUUUACUUUUUUGCUGUUCUGCCCGGUGGCAGUGGAUAAGGACAAACAGAUGGAUUAUGUGAUAGAGCACUACCCGGAGUACACUUCAGAAUUCUCCCAGCUCAAAAAUUUCGUGAUCUACCGCAGAAACAUCUGGAUGACAAUUUCCACGAUUCUCUUCAUCUGGGCGUUCAUUGUAUUCGGUUCCAUUACGUUUUACACCACAUUUGACAUGUUUCAAAUGCUAAAUGGAGUACAGAAAAAGAUUUCGAUAAGAAACUACAAUCGUGAAAAAGCUGUAGUACGAAGUUUGGUGGCCCAGCUGAUUGCCUCCUCAAUAGUCGCGGUCCCUGGUUUGGCAAUCGGACUCUGCGCGUUUUGGGCGACUGGUGAUUUGAAAACUGUCAUCGAAGUUAUUGGUGUGAUCUUCCUACUACGCGGCACACUUCAUUCAGUUAUUCUAGUAGCAACUACAUCACCAUAUAAGAAAUAUCUUUUGAGAAAAUUUCCACAGAGGAUGCCACCCACUUCGCUGAUGAUCGUGUCUAUCACUUGA